CUCUCUCUCUCUCUCUCUCUCUCUCUCUCUCUCUCUCUCUCUCUCUCUCUCUCUCUCUCUCUCUCUCUCCCUGCUUCCUGUUUGCCUGCCCUGAGAGAAGCUGCCUUAUUCGAUGACCCCUCGCUCCCUGCUGUGAUGCCCAGCCUCUCCUCCAGCGAUGGAACAAAGCGGACCAUAAACUAAACUUCUGAAACUGUCAGCCAAAUACAUAUUAUUAAAUGGCCAGGUAACUGCCACGGUGACGAACACAAGUGGGAUCAAAGUUCUAGGUAAAUGUUUUCCAGCCUCCGUAAGCAUUUUUCUGUGUUAAUGCGAUGAACUUUAUAUCACCCAACAAUCAUUUCUGUUAAUGGCUUCAGAGUGUGGUAAAUCACGGACUUCCGUCCUCUUCAGUCUCACCCUGCUAUCCAGACGGAUGUUGUGACUCCCUGACUCCAGCCUCUGCCUCUGGGGACACAAAACUGACUAUAGAUCUGUGCUACUGCACUGAGCCUCUGUCCUUUUCAGGUUUGUCAUUUCUUCCCAAGUAAGUGUGCAAUGUAGUAUUUGUAAACAGUACUGAAGCGUAGCAAUGUCUGUCUACUCCCGCCCGCUAUGGCUUCAUCUCACUCCCUGGAAAGAAUCCUUGUCAGCCGUCAGAUAACAUAGAAACCUUCCCGUUUCUGUGCAGUAUUAAAAGGCUCCAAAUGUCCGGGAAGGCCGACUAUUUGAAUGUUCAAGAAUGGCAAGGAUAGGGCUAGAGACAAUGUCUCAGUGUCUAAAAGCAUGGUUGCUCUUCCAGAGGACCCUUGUUCAAUUCCCAGAUCCACGUGACACUUUCUGACCUCUGUGGGCGAGGCAGGCAGGUGCUGCGCCGACGUAUGUGCAGACAAAGCAUUUAUAGACAUCAGCUGGAAAUAAAAUCUCAAAAGGAACGGCGAGGCUAGCCCCCCUUAGUGUGACCAUCUCUGAGCUCUUCGUGUUAGAGGCUACACACGCAGAGGCACACAGCUCCAGUCCUGGAGAGCUAGAGGCCUGUGGCUUAGGUUACAGAGGUGAUUACUCGAGUCAAAGCGAGCUGCAGCUUUCAAAGCCGGAGGCUCCUUGCUAGAGCCUGAGGAUCUCAGGUCAGAGGCUGUUGCUCCAGGCACAGAACCCAGCAGCUGGUGUUGCAGAGCCAAAGCUUCAAUUAUCAGGACUCUUCGGCUCUUAACCCUUGCCCACUAUCUGGAGGUCUUCCAUGGAUAUGGCCUGCAACUUCCUGAGUCAGCUCUAAACAGUGUCUUUCCUUGAGUCUCGCUGCAGUUUCCUGCUUUGGGCUGCUCUCUGCUUUCUCACUUCUGCUGGUUGCUUCCUCUGCCACUUCUGUCAGUGCCACCGCUGGGGCUGAACACCCUCCUGCUUGGUCUUCUCUCCACGCAAACGAGUUCAGCCCGCUCUACCUACAGUAAAGACCUCGUAUGGGUAAAUGAAAGGCCACUCCAGAGAGACUUUCAUUGGGGCCUAAUAUAUGCAGGAGUAGGGCACAGAAAACAAGCCUUCAGAAUUGACCCCUACGCAUACAAGAGCCUAACACGCAAAAGGGGGCGCGGCACGUGUAGGAGCAGCAUCUGGCUCCACCAGUCACAGCUUCGCCUGUUCACCAAUCCUGAGCCCGGUUUGUGUGUCAAUUGCGAGCUUUUUGCUGAGUCACCAGGGAAAAUGCUCACCCUUGUCCUAAGCAGGCAUAGCAGCAAGAUAGGAGGAGUCAUAGAUAUGUUACUGAGAGUUAUCAUGAUGGAAGUGAAGUCUCCAAGAGCUGGUACAAGCUGUCUAGGACAGACGGAAAACUAAAGUGAGGCCUCUUGAGCAGCCGUAGUCACAAUAGUCCUCAAAACUGCAGUUGAAUUUCCUGUUUCCAUGCAAUAUUCACAGCAGCCAGGCCGCCGUGACAGCACUCCUGCUGUAGUCCCCUCAAAGGGACUGCUUGACUGACACUUCCUAGUCACAGCAGUCGGAUCCAUGGGAAGAGUCUGGCAGUUGCCCGUCAAAUGUUCCUUCAAGACUGUAAAUUGGAUUCCUGGAGGCCUUGGUAGUUUGCUGUGCAUAGACAGUACCUGUUGGCAGAUCACGCAUCCUCAGAUAGUCUAAAGAGGACUGGAUUCCUGCUGCUGACACAAUGCAGGCUUUAGUGCCCUCGAACACGGUGGCGGCCAUGUCCUCAGACCCCCCAGCUAUGGCUUCAAGUGAACAGAGCAGGGUCCCCAGAGAGGAUGCUUCUAGGGCCCAAGAAAGGCUCCUAAGGGGAUGUGCGGAUGACCUAGAUUCUUUCAGGCAGAAGUUCAGGUGGUUUUGUUACUCACAAGAAGAAGGACCCAGAAAAACCCUGAGUCACCUCUGGGAACUCUGCAAGCAGUGGCUGAGACCAGACAUUCGCACCAAAGAGGAGAUCUUAGAGCUGUUAGUGUUUGAGCAGUUCCUGAGGGUUUUGCCCGGAGAGAUGAGGAUUUGGGUGACGUCUCAGCAUCCCGAGAGUAGUGUGGCGGCAGUGAGCCUGGUGGAAGAUUUGAACCAAACCCUUGAAGAAAGGGAAGAUCGUAGCACUGAAGACCCUGCUGUUUGCAAAGUGGAGGAUUUGGGAGAAGAGGAGAUGGUGACUGUUCCUCCCUGCACGGAGCCACGUGAACCUGUAACGUUUGAGGAUGUGUCUGUGAACUUUACCAGAGGAGAGUGGAAGUUGCUGGAGCCGUCUCAAAGGGAGCUGUUUAAGGAAGUGCUACUGGAAAACUUGCACAACCUAGAAUUUUUGGGCUUUCCCGUUUCCAAAGUUGAUUUGAUUUCUCAGCUGAAGUGGGUUAAGUUGCCGAGGGCACUGGAAAAAGAAAUCUCAAAAGGUCCCAGAGCAGAGGGUGAGUCUGGAAGUGAACUGGAUGCUUUCUUGGAAGACUUCACUUUGGAGAAAACCGUAGAACACUGCUUCAGCGACAACGGCUACGGCUUGAAGGCAGAAUUCCAGAAACGGCACGGCAAAUCCAAGAAAGGUCACAGCAAGCAGAGUAGCCACGAGAGGAAAGACUCUGGCUCAAAGGAGACUCCCUCCGGAAAGAACUCCAAGCAAACUUCAGACGCAGCGAAACAUCGGAGAGCCUCCUUAACGAAGUCUCCCAGGUCUAAGGAUGGCAAGAAACCCUUCAGCUUUCACUCAUACCUCGUGAGCCGCAAAGAACACAGCGCGGAAAAGUCAAGGAAAGGCAGUGGGAACGAGAAGGACUCCCGCCACUCUUCGUCCCUAACCGCACACAAGCGAAAUCCGAGAAUCGGCUCGUUGAGUAAGACCCAGAAGUGUACCAAGUGUGGGGUAGCCUUUACCCAAAGCUCGUGGUACUGUAGCAAGAGCUCCCAGUGUGAAAAGUGCCGGAAGAGUUUAAUUCAAGGUGAAACCUCAAAUAAAGACAAAGCGCCUGAAGCUGAAGAGCCCAGUAAGUGUAGGAAAUGUGGGAAAGCCCUCGGCUCUAGCUCACAGCGCUCCGUGUGCAUCGAAUGUAGGAAAGCUCACACAGCCGGCCCAUCGCCUAAACCACGCAAGCGAACUGACAAGAAGGGGAAGUCUUACAAGUGCGACGAGUGUGAUAAAAGUUUCACCGACGGGCAGGCCUUCGAUAAGCAUCAAAGAACCCAUACCGGGGAAAAGCCCUAUGAGUGCAAACACUGCGGGAGGUCCUUCAGCGACUGCUCGUCAUUUUACCAACAUCAGAGAAUUCACACCGGAGAGAAACCAUACAAGUGUAACGAGUGUGGGAAAUCCUUCACUCAUAGCUCCUCCCUCUCAAAGCACCAGAGGAUACACACUGGAGAGAAGCCCUACAAGUGUAACGAUUGUGGGAAGGCCUUUAGGCAGAAUUCCUGCCUCACCCGACACCAGAGAACCCACACUGGAGAAAAGCCGUACGUGUGUAAGGAUUGUGGAUCGUCUUUUAGCCUUUUUAGUACGAUCAUCUAUCAUCAAAGACUUCAUGCCGGAGAAAAGCCCUACAAAUGUACCCACUGUGAUAAAGCCUUCCCUACUCAUUCCCGCCUUGGUCGCCAUUUGAGAUGUCACACUGGUGCAAAACCGUACAAAUGCGAAGAAUGUGGGAAAACUUUCAGACAGAGUUCAUCUCUUAAUUUGCAUAUGCGAAGUCACACUGGAGAGAAACCCUACAAAUGUGAUUAUUGUGGAGCAACCUUCACUCGGAGCACGAUUCUCGUUGAACAUGUAAAAACCCAUACUUCGCACAAGUGUAAAAAAUGUGGUAAGAAAUUUAAAAGCCGGGCAGCCAUUCAUAAACAUCAGUGUACUGAGUAAUUCUGCGGGAUAGUAGUGAAUGGAGGGAAGACUGAUUCCGAGAGUGCCCUUAUUUUAAAACUUGACAUGUAAACUACCCACAGCAUUGAUUAGAAGCUUCAACUUCAGUGGGUUAACAAGGAAUAGCCUUUUCUCCCUUUGGUCUCUCUCCUUGAGGGUAGUCAGUUUUGAUUAGAGUUGGUAAAGUUACUCUGACAUGGAGAAAGCAUGUAAAGUGAAAUGAUUUCGAAAAGCCAAACUUAAGUUUGAAAGACUCUUUCUUUCUUCAAGGAUUUUUCUCUCUUUGGCUUGCCUUCCAUGACCAUGUAAUAUAAUGGAAAAGAGCAUGACUGAACUCUAAUAAUCUAGGCUCUUAUCCCUGAUGGCCAGUCAGCCACUGUGUCAUUCUAAACAAGUCUGAAUUUUAGUUUCUUUACUUGUAGAGUGAAGAGAUUACAUUAGUGAUUUCUAGGUUUUCUUUUUAGUUGGAUAAUUCUGAUAACUCCAGAAAAUAGUUUGAACAUGUUUGCUUUGUCGGAAUUUUUAUGUCUGGUAGAUGCAUAUUCUUUUUAGGAUAGCGGACUUCUAGCCUAGUGAGACUAUGGAAUGUUUGAUGUAGGGUAUCUAGAAUGUAAUAAACAGAACAAGUCAGGGAAAGCUCAUUGAAGUUUGCUUUCAGGGAAUGUUCAAAUUUGCACAAAUCACCUCAGUCUCUGCAUCUUUUGAGUUUUGCCUCAGUAGAUUGAGAAUCCAGAGAGCUUUUGAGGCAAUUCCUAGAGAGAGAGAACUAAACCAGUACUCUGGUUUUACAGGUAUAAAGGUUCUCCAAUGCUGACCUGAGACCCCAGAACAUUUGUUGAUGUGCUUAGGUUUGAAAUGCUACCUCUGGGUGUAAUUAAUGUUUUUGAUUUCUUCUUGGUGGCUCCUUCCUCCUUAUCCCAAAGUCUAAAAGAAAAGCAUUACUUUGUGAUAAGUUGAUCAGUAUACCUGCUGGAAAAUGAACCAAGUGAACACAUUCCUAACAUCAAAGGAACCUGGCAUAUAAGGAUCACUCGUAUGGGCUUAACAAUUUUCAGAAAUGAUAUAUUUUGUUGAAAUAAUUAAUGAAAUAUAUAAAACUCUUGAGAAAGACAUCUGUCCCAGCGUGUUCUACAAGAGGCUAUUUUUAUCCCAAUCUCAGUUGGGGAUUAGAAACAAAACAUUUUUAAGCACCAUUAAAAUAUAGAACACAUAUGCUUAAAAACAGAGAUGCGCAAUUCAGUGAGCUUUUGUCACUUCUACUGAAGUGUGCAUUCAUUACCAUAAUCCUUUUUACAGAACAUUGCCCAAAUAAGAGUACCUAUUGGAUACAUCCAUUUAUACCUAAUUCCCACUUUCAUCUCUGAUCCCAGGUAAUCACUAACCUACUUCAUAUUUACAAAACGGCCUUUUCUAGUCAUUUUAUAUUGGUCUUUGUUUCUCCAGUAACAUCAUGUUGAGUUUGUGCAUGCUGUAGCUUAUGUGAUUUCUUUCUAUCAAAAUGUUAUUUGUUGGUAUUGUUUGUUGUUAAAUGAUAGUCUAUCAUGUGGAUACUUCAUGCAUUCACCAGUGAGAGGGCAGUCUCUUCUUUCUCCCUGGGUGGUUGGCUGCUAGGAACAACACUGUGAAUAUAAUGUGUAAGUGUGUAGACAUUGUUUCUUUGGUAGGCAUCUAUAGGUAGAGUUUCUGUAAAUUUUUGCUUAACUUUUUAGGAAACUGCCAAAUUGCUUUAUAAUGUGACCACAUUGUUUUAUAUUCUGGCCACUGGUAUGUGGGUGUUCCAUUUUCUUCACAUCCCUGCCAAUCUUUAAAAAAACCUUAAGCCAGGCAGUGGUGGUGCACACCUUUAAUCCCAGCACUUGGGAGGCAGUGGAAGGCGGAUCUCUGUGAGUUCGAGGCCAGGCUGGUCCGACAGCCUCCAAAACAAUACAGAGAAACCCUGUCUCGUAAAACCAAAAUAAAUAAAUACAUAAAAUAAAAUAAAAAACCUUAGUCAUCCUGGUGAAGUGGCAUUUCCAUGUGCUUUUCAUUUGCAUAUCUCAUUUGGUUUUUUUUUAAAUUCCUUAUCUAUUUAAAAGUCAGGAUGGUUGAGUUAUAACAAGUUCUUUAUCUGCCUACACUCCCUUAUCCAAUAUGAUCUUUCUGUCACCCUGAACUAGAAGGAAACUACAAAUCCUACUGCAAAAUAUUUAUUAAUAACUAAUAAGGUGCCUAGCACCCACAUACUUAAAUCUAUUUUUAGAUCGCCAGGUCAUCUAAAGGCUUUAAAUCCAUGACUCCUCAUAGAAUUUCUCUUUAGAGCUUUAUUUAGCCUUUUAUUUGUUUAUAGUGAUAAGGAUUCUUAAUUGGCUCUGUGUAACACAUUGUAAAACAAAGUCCUUGUUGUUUAGAAUGUUUUAUAAUGAGCUUCUACAUAGAAAUUUCUUUCAAGUCACGGGAUAAGGCAAAGUCCCUGCCAGUGAAUCAACUUUAUGCUUUUUACUUUAGAACUAUUUUUGACAUAAGUUAUAUGUACACCAUAAAAUGUUCCUUCCUUCCAUGCUCAACCCAUUGAAAAUUAACUCUCCAUUUUCCUCUCUCCCAAGCUCAUGUCUGUCACAAUUCUUCCUGUCCACAUCUGGCCCUCGUUAGUCCCUUGCAUUAAUUAUAAUGAUACAGUAUGUGUCUUUUCAUGUCUGGCUCAUCUCACUUGCAGGCAUUCAGGGAAAUCUUCAGUUGGAUUUUUCCUAGCACAGCAAAUCUUAAACUCUUGUGUCAUUCAUGUAACAGGGAUUAAAAAAAAAAGGGCACAGGUCAUUACAUGUAUUCUGUCUCGUUGGUUCCUUCACCUAGUCACCUGCUCAUGCACGCUGAAGAACUUGAGAAUAUACACUGAUUGGGGGCGGGGUGGGGGGAGCGGGGUCUGCUUUCAGAAACUGAGUAAGAACAUUUACAGCACGAAUCCUACACUGCAACAAAACGAGGGAGGAGAAAGCUAUCUCUUGCUUUAAGACGACGACGACCUGCUUGGUCUUUCAACUCGGCUCCUCCAGUUUUAUCUCGAGAGAAACUAAUCUUUCUGCUUAUCUGCCAUUCCCUAGCAGACGGGAAAAAAAUGUUUAAUGAAUCAGAAGUUUGAGAUUUGAGGCAAUGAAUUGGCCUCUCUUCAUAAAUUUGGAUGUUCUUUGAGACAAUAUAAUCAAAGUUUUCCUUGUGCAGUAUCUUACACAGAUCAUGCAAAACUAAAAAGUACUUGAAAUUUUUCAGAUUUUCAGCCAAUUGAUUUCUUUUUGAUAAUAGAAAUGUAUAUACUCUGUGAGAAAAUGUUGCUCGUGUUUACCCUGAGCAGAAUUGCUAAAUGGUGUAGUGUUCUCUGUUUUGGUGAGUGGUUUUUUUCAAACUAUUGUUUUUUGUUUUUUUAUUCUCCCCCCCCCCAGCUUUUUCGUGAAUUGUAAUAGCUGGAUUUACUUUUUAUGUAUCCGUGGUUCAGUUUGCUCCUGUGUGCAUGAGCAAAAGUCAGGCUGCUGUAUAGCUGCCACGCUUGCAACCUGAAACCUGUUUAAAAAAGUUAAAAGGUGUUUUGGUUAGAAAUUUAGGUUUCUUUUAGCUGGUUUCUGUGGCUUUUUAAAGCUAACUUGUUGAAAAAGAGAUGUAGAUCUGAAGCAUCGUCCUCAGUAUUGCCUACUGUGUUACCUUCAAUACUUGAACUUGAUAGCUUUUGUGUGUAUGUGCUGCUGCUGCUGCUGCUGUUGUAAAUCGCAACUGACACUUGUCAGUGACUGUGCACGGGGCCCUCUUUUAGUCCCUUCUUCCCCUAAUGUGCCAACCGCGGUGAGAGCUUCUUUGUCCGCACUGAAUUCCUGCCUUAGAAAUAUGCCUUUGACUAAACCUUAAGUAUUUUUUCCAUGUAUUUUUGCCUAUAAGAUAACUGCAGUUCCAGUAAGAAGCACUUUGAUUUUUAUGGCUACAAAUUAUACGUGUAAUGCUCUAACUUGUGCUGUCUGCGUGAUAGGUUGACGUAAUCCAUUAUGAUAUCCCCACCUGUGCAGAGAGACAACUAUCAUCUGCUGGUUCAUCGAUGCUGACUAGAUUGUGACAUGUUUUGUUGUAUCACUGAAAAAUGCACGCUCCUCUGCAAUGCUAGCAGUGUCCUGUGCGGUGCAGUAAAGUGACUCAUAGUUCUAAAAACAAUAAAGUUGUUUUGAAUACA